GGAAUGAUCCUCUGCAAACCCCAUUUAACAUACGUAAAUGACCUACCGAAGUUUAAUAAGAUGCUGGCUGAUUCUACGAAAAAGGUUAAAGAUAUGUAUUUUCCAAGUUGCGAAGUUGCUGCAAUACAGUGUGAAGCUGUGAAGGAAUUUAUCGACCAAGACACAACAACAAACGUAUUUAUAGCGUCUUUUACCACAGCAUGGGCCAGAUUAAAACUCUAUGAAGAGAUGGAUAAACUUGGUGAUUCCGUCCAUGACACGGAUUCCAUUAUUUAUGCGAGCACAGGAGAUAAUGACCCAUCUUUGGGAAACUUCUUGGGAAAAUUUACAGAUGAGCUUGACGGAGAUGUGAUUACAUCAUUUGUUUCCGACAGAGAAACCACAAUACCUCUCUGCAAUCCUUUAAAAAUUGUCCGCCAGCCAAAGAAGAGGAAGGAUGUGAACAUGACGGAAACAAAGAAGUAUCGCAUAGUUUACGACAAGAGGAUUAUUAACGAGGCCGAUUAUACAACUCUCCCUUAUGGAUUUCAAAGGAUCAAAAUGUCUAGUGAAUGCGACCCACUCAUAAAUAGCGUGCCUAGUGGAUGCGACCCACUUAAAAUAUCGUGCCUAGUGGAUGCGACCCACUUAAAAAAUCGUGCCUAG